CACUCCUUCUGAUCGAAUCGAAGUUUGUGCGUUGGCCGAGUCACACGACAGGCCUCGUUGAUGAUGUCACCUUGGUGACGCUGAUUGGACGGCGACCAUCCAUCUCAAUUGGAGAGUUAGCAAAACAACGUACGUAGACCAGAAGCGAGCCUUGGAUGAUCACGAUGAAGAGACAUUUGCAGAGCUGGAGGAAGAAGCUCAGCCUCGAUCCGCCAAACUUUACCCUCACACUCUUUGGUCGCUCUUUGUUGCUCGGCUUGGUGCUCUUUGCCAUCAAUGCUUUGCUCUGGAUCGUAUGCGCCAUUCUCUUUACUCGCAGACCCGCCGGUCGGCCUGAGACGGAUGCAGCAAACGGCAGCGUUUUGAGCCUGGCUUUGGUAGCUUGGACGACAGGUUUGAGGCACGGGCUGGAUGCAGAUCAUAUCUCACUGAUCGAUAAUGCUUGCCGUCGCAUCAUGGCCUCUCCAGUCCGGCCCAAUCGACCACCUCGUCGACCAGUGACUGUAGGCUUCUUCUUCGCCUGCGGUCACUCUACCGUCGUCUUUGUGACGACCGUUGUCAUCGCCAUUAGCGUGCAGGUCGCAGACCAUCUGGACACGUUUGGAGACGUGGGUGGCAUUAUCGGUGCUAGCGUGAGCGGCAGUACCCUGCUCUUGAUCGCCAUCAUCAACAGCUUCAUCCUGCGAAAGACCUGGAUCAAGCGCAAAGCCGCCCUGACCGAGCAGCAUGAGAAGCGACGUGACAAUGAGGCGUCGACUCAGAACAAGGAAAGGACCAGUAUGGACGAAGAAGCAGCAAAGCUGCAUGCUCCUAAAGAUGCCGCACAUGAUUCCGCCACUCAUUUCAAUGGCGUCCUCACCAGGCUCUUCAAGCCUUUCUUGCAUCUGCUUGACAGGCCAUGGAAGUGCUACUUUAUCGGUCUCGCUUUCGGCAUAGGAUUCGAUACAGCCAGCACCAUUGCUUUGCUGAGCGUAGCGCUCGUCGCCAGUCAGCGCUCUGGAGGUGUUGCGGGCUCGAGCGGAAAUGUAGUCCUGCUCGCUCUACUCUUCACCAGCGGCAUGGCCGCUGUGGACAGUGCAGACAACAUUCUCAUGGUCCAUGCCUACUCGCCGGCGCAAAAAAGGCCGGGCCAAAGCAGAUGGGCUCUCCUUGAGCGAUCAAAAGUCCUCAGUACGGCAUCAGAUGAGGAGAAUGGGGUCGAAGCGCCCAAGGCACAGGAUCAGAUCGUUGCGGAGACAGACACAGCGGUGGUGCCAAGCCCGAAUGGCAGGCAUGACGCACAGCAGUCUGAGCGAAGAGACGCGGCCGAAUCGUCCGAUGCCGGUCAGCAGCGAGCUGGCGCUUUGCAGGCGAGCAGCACAGCUACAACGCUGAGCAUGAUCCUCACGCUUCUCUCCAUCUGCGUGGCUGCUGCAAUUUCCAUCAUCGUGCUGGUCGGUCUGAUCGGUGACGAGUGUGCGAGAUGCUCACGAGCUGCGGACAAGCAGGAAGAGACGGGAGACGCAGGUCUAGAGGGCAGAUGGUGGCUUGCCUGGAGAAGAGCUAAUGAUAAUUCAGGCUACAUUGGUGCUGGCAUCGUGGGUGUAUUCGCAUCAUGCGUUGUAGCCUACUACGUCACGCGAAGAUUGCUCCGGUCACGCAGAAGGGAGGUCGGCGCGGAUCGUGCACAGGCGAAAGGCUCUCCAGCUCCCAACGCGUAGCUCCUCUGUAAAUUUUAUGCCAUUCUAUUCAAACGUGUAGCAGGCAGUGCAUCGCACGAGGUGAGGCACUUUUUCAAGCCG